AAACAGCUUAAGUGGAGAGCCGCUAUGGCUGAGGAAUUUAAUGCUCUUAUCUCUAAUCAUACAUGGGAUCUUGUACCGUUUGAUGCUAGAAAGAAUGUGGUUGGGUCAAAAUGGAUUUAUAAGACUAAAUACUUAUCUGAUGGUUCUGUGGAUCGCUACAAAGCAAGGUUGGUUGCUCAGGGGUUUAAGCAGCAGGCAGGUAAUUCCAUUCCAUUAGUGAGUCAUUUUUUGUCUCUUUUGGCUAAGUGCUUUGCUAUGAAGGACUUGGGUGAUUUACAUUUUUUCUUGGGGAUUCACGCCACUCGUAUCUCCUCUGGGUUAUUUCUUUCUCAGCAUAAAUAUGUAUCUGAUCUUCUUCAUCGCUUUCAUCUUCAUACUUUAAAACCUAUUCGCUCACCGCUUCCUAGUCGCACCAAACUUUCCCUCACUGAUGGAGAGCUUCUUGCUGAUGCCACGGAGUACAGAAGUAUGGUAGGUGCAUUACAGUAUUUGACUUUGACUAGACCAGAUAUUACUUUUGCUGUACACUUGGUUUCCCAAUUUAUGCAUGCCCCCCGUACUUCACAUAUGUCGGCUGUUAAGCGUAUUUUCAGGUACUUACAGGGCACCAUCGAUCAUGGCUUACUUCUUCAGUCUGCUCACGGAUCUCAAACUCUCAUUGCUUAUUCAGAUGCUGAUUGGGCUGGGUGUCCUGAUACUGGUCGGUCCACUUCUGGUUAUGCCAUUUUUCUGGGACCAAAUCUCAUCUCCUGGCGGUCCAAGAAGCAGCCCACGGUCUCCCGCUCGUCUACAGAGGCUGAAUAUCGCGCCGUGGCCUUUACAGUUCAGGAUACUAUACACAUUCGCUCUGUCUUGUUUGAGCUUGGGUUUCCUAUUCGAAUGCCUACCACCUUGUUUUGUGACAAUGUUUCAGCCUCAUAUCUUGCUGUUAAUCCUAUUCAUCAUGCCAGAAGUAAGCACAUUAAUAUUGACUAUCAUUUUGUUCGUGAGCGGGUGGCCCAUGGAGAUCUUCGUGUCAAGUAUGUUCCUACACAGGCUCAGCUGGCAGAUAUUUUUACAAAGUGUUUGUCCCCACAACGGUUUACUCUUCUUCGUGACAAUCUGCGCAUUGUUUCCCCUGCACAGCUUGAGGGGGGUGUAAUAGAGUAGAUUAGUUAUUUAUUUAAUUAGCAUUAGUCUGGGACUCCUUUUGUAAUUAUUACUCUUAUUUCCUAUAUAUAUAUCUGCCAGG